ACCAUAGGCAGCUUUAAUUAAUGUAUACGUUCCCAGAAUAUUACGCUUACGUCAACAGCUCCCAGUUGACAAAGUUGAAAUAAUAAUCAUUCCGCGUUUAGUUCGGACGCAGAAGUGUAUUUCUUUGCGCGCAGACAGUUUUGUUUACGCGAAAUGGUCAACAGAAAAAUUCUGUUGUGCCUAUUCCUAGUUGCACUAUUGGCAGUGAACUUUGUGGACUGUGGCCGAAGCAAAAGACGUGGUGGGGGGCGUUCUAGUGGAGUAGGCAGCCGUUCUCGAAGUAGCGGCAGCCGUUCCCACGGUAGUGGAAGCAGCGGCUACAAGUGGGGGUCCAGUGGUUCAGGAAGUAGCAGUGGUUCAAAGUGGGGCUCAGGCAGUGGAAGCAGCGGGUCGUGGGGCGGCCAUUCAUCAGGUUACAGCCCUAGUGGCAGCAGUGGCUCAAAGUGGGGAUCAAGUAGUGGCAACAGUGGGUCAUGGGGUGGGCAUUCAUCUGGUUCUAGUCUAAACAAGUACCCCUGGUCAUCAACAGGACUAUCGGGGUCAGGAUCAAAGCCCAGUGAUUCGUCGUUAUCUUCAGGAUAUCUUGGUUCUAGAUCAAAACUCAGCGACCCACCAUCAAGCAGUUUAUGGGGUGGGCUUUCAUCUGGUUCCAGUCCAAACACGUACCCCUGGUCAUCAACAGGACUAUCGGGAUCAGGAUCUAAGCCCAGCAGUCCAUCGUUUCUUUCAAAAUGGUUUGGAUUUGGAUCUAAGCCCAGCAAUCUGCCAUCGUCUUCAGGAUAUAACUAUCCACUUUCAAGUUCUGGACUAUUAGGACCAGGGUCCAAACCCAAUUACCCACAUUCGUCUUCAGGAUUAUCAGGCACUGGAGCAAAAUAUCCACCUUCAAUUACCGGCCUUUCUGGAUCAGGGUCAAAACCCAGCUACCCAACGUCAUCUACAGGCUUAUCAGGCACCGGAUCAAAGUAUCCACCUUCAAUAACUGGCCUCUCAGGGUCAGGUACAAAACCCAGUUACCCAACGUCAUUUACAGGAUUAUCAGGCACUGGAUCGAAGUAUCCACCUUCAAUAACUGGCCUCUCAGGGUCAGGUUCAAAACCCAGUUACUCAACAUCAUUUACUGGAUUAUCAGACACCGGAUCGAAGUAUCCACCUUCAAUAACUGGCCUCUCAGGGUCAGGUUCAAAACCCAGUUACCCAUCGUCAUUUACAGGAUUAUCGGGCACGGGAUCGAAGUAUCCUCUUUCAAUAACUGGCCUCUCGGGGUCAGGUUCAAAAGUCAGCUACCCACAGUUGUCUUCUUCAGGAUUAUUGAGAAAAAAUAUUUACCCAUCUUCAACAACAACAACAACAGUGAAACCUUUUAGAAGUAUUUUAAAUACCGGUACCAACUCUGGAUAUGGAAAUCAGAAUAAUGAAGGAUUUAACACCGAUCAUCGUCGUACUCACAUACAUGACACACAUUCAAGUCAUAGGCAUGGAGGUACAUAUCAGGGAACCUAUAACCCACCGACUUAUUCUACAUAUCCCCAACGCGUUUAUGUAACUGAAUACAGAAACUCUGGCAGUCGCUACGAAAACCUUCUAACUGGAUUGACUUUAUAUAACUUAGGACGUACUCAUAUAAAUUAUCAUGAUCACUAUUAUUACGAUGACUACUACAAUCGAAGAUAUCAACAUUCCAGAGACGAGCUUAACUUUUACAACAAGCCAAAGGAAUCUGCUAUAUGCACGUUAAAAAUUAAAGAACACAAUCAUAUUGAAACGUUGAAGAUACCAUGUGAAAUAGUUUCUACAUUUACUGAAGGCAGUACAAAAGUUAAAACACAGAGCACAGUAAACACAACGGUAUGUGUGACCAAUAUCAUGGUGGAAAACAACAACGUAAAUAAUAAUGCGACGUGGAUAAAAACAAAGGUAUCUAAUAGAACUUCAAAUGUUAAUUUGCAAAAUAUUACGGAAAAUAUAACAAAGAACGUUACAUUAAAUAAUAAAGUUACAAUAUUUAAUGAAACAAACGCUAAUGUUUCUAGCGAGGACCUAUUACUAGUUCAACCUAUCAAGCCUGUAGCUCCAAUUACAACGACUGUUAAGCCUUUAACUUCAGUUACUAAAGUACUUCCAACUAAGCAGAAUUUAACCAAUGUUUCGCAAACAGUAAACGCUACAACUUGCACGACUGUUGUUAAUGCAACCGAUCCCUUAACCGUUAAAGGACAAGCAAUCACUAAUACUACAGGUAUGGAGUGUACAGUAGAGAUAAUUACAAGUGACGCUGUGCUGCAGAAUAAAGUGGAUUGUCAGAAGUUGUUAUUUUAUGCGAAGUUGCGCGAACCAAAUAAACAAGAUAGUUCUUUGGUUCCCUCAAGGGGUACGCUGAAAUCCUGGCUAAAAAACCCCCCAUGGUGGACGGCUUUAAUCAUAGCUGGUUGACUAGUGUUAAAAUAACAUCUAUUUCAUUCGUUUGAUAUUGAUAUUUCUGUCAGUAAUAAAUACAAAUAUUGACAAUUAAAACUUGCAGAUUAACUCAAAGAUAUCGAUUUAUUAUUACGAGUAUUAGGUAAAUAAUUGUAUCUAGUUAUUACUUAUGUUUAUCUACAAGGAAAAUGUUGUACAAAAAUUAUGUAUUUAAAACACACAAUAGUGGAAUGCCUGAAUUUUUGGUAGUUCAGUUAAUUUGUUUGAAUAGUUUAAUUGGUUCUACUGGGGUAUAAUAAAGUGCCAUAAUACUAUAUCCUGAAUUUAUCGCUUUGACUUUUUUAAAUUUGUCCUUUAUAAGUAUUCUGAUUCUAAUUAAAUGUGAUUUAAUUUUAAUAAUCAUAUUUAUG